UGCACAAGAAGCAGGCUUUGUUUCGUGAGGUGAGGUCGUGCACUGGUGACGCUUGUUCACGCGCGCGACGCAGUCAAACUAUUGCGCGACAAAGCCUAGAGCCUGCUGUAUCCAGUCCACUCAUUCCCUGCAAAGCUAGUGGUCAAGACGUGGAAGGAGCGUGUUGAAACGAAUAGGCGCGUGUGUCGGUGAUGUUGACUACUGGGCUUGGUCUGAGGAGUGAUGAUGGAUGGCUGCAGAUCGACGCUGCAGGGCGAAAGGCAGGUGCCAAGCAAACGAUGCGGAAGGGGCCUCUCACCACCGAGGCGAAUCGUCAACAUUCCCCGCAAGACCGCCGUAGACUCCACCACGCCAUCAUGGGAUACAAACCGUUCCAGUCGACCUACUACGAUGCCCGCAUGCGCGCCUCGCCGGCGUUGCUGCGUGCUCGUGCGCCGUACCUGCUGAAGAAUACCAUCACCGGGUUCGCAAUCUGUUCGCUCGUCAUUGGAAUCUACACAUACACCCUCAACGCCAUUUCCCAGGAUGAGUUCGAAGACGUUAUUGUACCGGACGAGCCCAUCGUACGAUCGCAGCAGCCUGCCGGCACAACAGCUGCUGUUCAGCAAGCUGUCGCUGCACGGAAGUAAGCACAGGGCUGAAUGGUUUAAGGAGGGUUGUACAUUGGUGUAUCAAGAUAUCUAUGCAUUGGGCUGGCGCCACGGUUACUUUUCGAACAAUAUAUCCACUCGCUGUGAGCGACUGUUACAACAUC